UUUAGGUGUUUAUCCUCUGUCCACCGGUCCGCGUACGAGUUCAGACAGGUCUGCGAGUAGUACGCAGAGCAGCCGUACGUAUGCAACGUUGAUGAAACGAGAACGAACCUGAGAUCUGCGUACGGCUCAAUUCGAAUUGUUUAUUCGCGUUUAUGUUAAUACCGUUUACUUGUCGCUGGAUCAUAUUCAAGUAAGAAAUGGAAGCUAGCUUCACGCAGUGGCGCGACUCUUCGGGUUACCGGGUGGAAGGUGAUUCCGUCGUCAUCUCCGAUAGCGACGAGGAAAAUGACUUCAUCAACGAUUCGAGGAAGAUCAUCAGCCGAAUCAUUGACGAGAGCAAUGAUUUCAACGUGUCGCCGGAAGUCACGCCGAAAAAGAAUAUGAAAUUUAGUGAUGAUGAUGAUGAUGAUACACCAAUCGUUCGUCCAGUCAAAAACUGUAUUAAAAAGACAAAGAACUAUAAUAUAGAUACUGAUAACAGUGAUUAUGAACAGAUCAGUAAUUAUGAAGAAGAUGAAUAUCAUUCGAUUAAUAACAUGAAUAAUUCCGAAUCAGAUAUUUCGAUUUCAUAUUCACCAACUAAAAGCAAGGGUAAAAAACGAAAAGACGUUACACAUGAUAAUACUAAAGAAGAUAUAAAAGAGUUGAGACCUAAUUCUUCUAGUGAUUCUCUAAAUAAUGUGAGCUUUCUUACUGAUAAUUCAGACGGAGAAAUUAAUACUGAUGAAAUAGCAAAGAAAGAUGAAGCAUUUCCUGAAGUGACUGCCAAGUUUGAUUCACUUAUUAAUAUGAACUUGCUUACUGAUAAUUCAGAUGAGGAAAAUAAUAUCGAUGAAAUAGCAAAGAAAGAUGAAGCAUUUCCUGGAGUGACUAUCGAGUUGGAUUCAGAUUCUACUUCUGGACAAAACAGCGAUUCCGAAUUUGCAAAAACUUUUGCAAAAAAAGAAAUUGGUGUUGGAAAUAUAGAUCCGUUACACGCGCAAAAAAGAGCGCUUGCUGUUUUUAAAUUAGAGCAGCUUAAAGAUGAGACAGCCAAGAUGAAAUUAUUACUCACUGAAGGAAAUGUCGAAAUACUACCUGAUAAAGGACAAAAAUUACAAGAAUGCAUACGCCAGAAAGAAAAAGAAAUGGAGACAUUGACAUACGAAUUAGAAAAUAAUCCUUUGAUACCACUUAAUGAUCGAAAAACUGAAACAGAAGAAAAAUCAUAUUUAAUGAAAAAAGAGAUACCAUUUCUUAAAGAUGAGUCAGACUCAGAUUAUUUACCAUCAGAUCAUUCACCGUUAGAACGGUCACUGUCAGAUCAUUCAUUAACAGAUCAUUCGGAUCAUUCUUCAUAUUUGGGUAUCAACAAUAUACCAAUGAGACCUACCACAUCUCCCGAAUUAAAGGAAUUGGGCAAAAAAGCGCAAGCGACAAUGGAUAAGGAACUGGCUUUAACAGUUGAGCGAUUGCAGGAUUUGCACGGAUCGCUUGUAGCUCGUCCAUUAGAAUCAGAAAAAAUGGAAGACCCAAGGGGAUUAAAAGUGCAAUUAAUGCCACACCAACAGCAUGCUCUCGCUUGGCUUCUAUGGCGGGAAGGGCAAAAACCGUCCGGUGGUGUUUUAGCUGAUGAUAUGGGUUUGGGCAAGACCUUGACCAUGAUUGCUUUAAUCAUGAUCACUCUUGCUAAAGAAGAUCCUGACAACCAAAGUGAUGAUAAUGAUGAUGAUGACGAAAAAUGGAGUAGCGAAAAAAAACCUUUACGUCACAAAGGUGGUACUUUAGUGGUAUGUCCCGCCUCCUUAUUGUCACAAUGGGAAAGUGAAGUGCAGAGCAAGUGUAAACGCGGUCUGUUGUCUAUUGAGGUACAUCAUGGCAGCAAUCGACAAACUGUUCCUAAGAGAUUGGCGAAAAAUGAUAUAGUUAUCACAACCUAUAAUAUACUAGCUCGAGAAUACAAAACUAAUUCUACUUUAUAUAAGAUCAACUGGAAGAGAGUUAUACUUGAUGAAGCUCAUAUAGUAAGAAACCACAAGAGUCAACAGUCUGAAGCAGUCUGUGGACUCGUAGCGAGCAAACGAUGGGCUCUCACUGGCACGCCUAUACAAAAUAAGGAAUUAGAUUUAUACGCUCUUCUGAAGUUUCUUAGAUGUUCACCGUUCAACGAUCUACGCGUUUGGAAGCGAUGGGUAGACAAUAAGAACGCUGCGGGUCAUCAAAGAUUGGCGACGGUCAUGAAGACAUUAAUGUUGCGAAGAACUAAACAAGAAUUGAUGGCAAAAGGCGAGUUAGAAAGUUUACCUGACAAAUUUAUUGAGGAAGUGGUUGUGCAACUUGACCGUCAAGAGCAAUUAGUGUACGAAAAAAUUCUAGUUUAUUCGCGUACUCUAUUCGCACAAUUCUUAGCUCAACGCGCGGAGAAAGAACAUAUGUUCGAUUUACAUCAUGGAAAGUAUAAUAGGCCUGCUUAUCUUUCAAACCCAAAUAAAGAGACUCAAUUUACGAAAGCGCAAAACAAAUUGUUGGCGAUGCAUGCCGACGUAAAAACGCACGAGAUUUUAGUGCUUUUACUACGAUUGCGUCAGGUAUGUUGCCACCCGGCAUUGAUCCAUGCAAUGCUGGAUCAGGAAGACGUGAAACAAAGUGGCAUAAUGGAUAUGGAAAACUUGAAUCCCGAUUUAUUGUCUCGAAUGAACAACAUAUCACUUAAUGGAAUCGAUGAAGAUGAUGCAGAAGAAAGAAACAUUGGUAUUGAUGAAAGAAUAACAGAAAAUUUACUCACUGCAGAGAAUCCGGUGUUUGAUGAUGAUCGUAUUAGUUCGAAGAUGCGGAAACUACUUGAUACAGUUAAAGAAAUUUUACAAAAAGGUAACGAUAAACUUAUCAUUGUUUCGCAAUGGGCAAUGUUGUUAGAGGUCAUAGCAUCACACUUGUCCUCGAUAAAAGGUGCUACAUAUAGCAAAUUUACUGGAAGUGUCGCCAUUAAAGAUCGACAAAAUGUAAUAGAAUCUUUUAACAGACCAAAUUCAGGACCGAGAAUCUUGUUGUUGUCUCUUACGGCUGGCGGAGUGGGAUUAAACUUGGUAGGCGGUAACUAUUUAUUACUAUUCGAUAUUCAUUGGAAUCCACAGUUAGAGUCACAGGCGCAAGAUAGAAUUUAUCGUUUUGGUCAAAAAAAAAAUGUCUACGUCUACAAAUUUGUUUGUGUUAACACAAUAGAAGAGCGUAUAAAAGCAUUACAAGAACGAAAACUUGAGAUAGCGAAGAAUGUACUGACUGGCGACAAGGCUGCAGUAGGAAAGCUUACACUAAACGAUCUUAAAUCGCUAUUCGGCUUUUAAUCCAUUUCAUAAUAGAAUUAACAAUAGUGCUUUAUGUUAUAUAAGAAUAUUGUAUUUAAUUUUAUUUAGUCAUAAUUCUAUAGAAUCUAUUUUAUUUAAGUGUAAAAUGUUUUCUACAUAAAAAUAUUUAAUAAUAAUUUUAAAAAGUUUUUGUAACAAUACAUAUUAUUAAAUGAGAUAGAUAUAUCGCUAUGUUAAU